AUGGCGGACAAGGAAGAAUGCAGGAGCAUUGGCUGGGAGUUGACUACGCUGCAAAGCGAGGCAAUCCAAGGUCGUGUUCCUGAAGCGCAGUCUACCACGGACCGGACACAGUUGCAGCAUCCCGACCACUACAACCCAUACAAGGCUCUUAUUUUCCCCAAACUUGACAUUUUCCAACAAAACUAUCAGAGCCCAUACGUGGUUACAAUGAAAGACAACGACACCUGGCACCGUUACGUACGUGACCUUUAUAAUGCCAUCAGGAACUUUACUCGCGAGGACCUUGGCCUGGAGAUCAACCUCGCACCGGCCGUGGCCGCAUCGGUGCAUUCCCAACGAGUGCAGGUACCCGAGUGGGAAAAUCCGAUUGUCGACCUACUCGUAGACCAGAUGGGGGAGUUUCUGGCAACGACUUGGAUGAGUAAACGGUACGACAUGGUGCGCAGGUCGGGCGACUGGGAGAUGCUCACGAUGCCCGUGAACGAAAUAAUCUGGCAGACCUAUCUAGGAGCGUUGGGAUCGAGUGGGACUAGAACACGCAACCUCAGAGGCAUAUUCGUCUUGGCGAUUGAAAACGACGAGUUCAACGACAUUGCCCAAGCCAACUACGACAUUCGCAGCCUCGGGGUGCAGAACAAGUCGUUUCUGGCUAGCGAGCCCCGCGAUGUGGAUGCUUUCUGGCAGCUUUUGGGGACACAAGUACUCGCGGGCUUUGUCCGGUUGCUGAUUAACCACCACAACGCCACGGGAAACAGGCCCAUUGAAAAGGUCACCAUCAGACCAUCGAUAGCAGCACAUAACUGCUGGCAUGCACUGAUCACCUUGGGCAGACGAACGAGUGGCAAUGCCAAUGGGUCGCAAGGCAAGUGA